UUACUCAUUUACUGAUUUUUAACGCAUUAAGGUUGAAAAAGUCCAAUUCUAGACUUAUUUGAAUACGAAAUGCGUUUAUUUCAGGUGAAAAAGCCGGACACAACAUCACGGAGAAGGCUGAAGCUCAGAGACUGAGGGAAAGUUUCCUCACGUCUCCCGACGGACGACUGAGUGAGGUGGAAACCAAGACUCAGGCUGAUGCUGAGGAAAGUAGCAUGAGAGAAAUUAAGAGGAAGAAAAAGACCAGGAGAGGUUCACGAGGAGGAAGAAAGGAGAAAAAAGUCCAGGUCAACAAAGCAGAAGGAGCUGAACCCGAGAACAGCUCAUCUGCUUUGGAAAGCACCAGUGGUAGGAAGGUCAAGAAAAGGAGGAUGAGAGGGAAACGAGGUGGAAAAAAAAAUAAGCUUCGGGCCAACAAAGCAGGAGAUAAGGCUAAAACUGAGGCUCAAGCUGAAGUUGAGGCUGAAGCUAAAGCCGAAGCUGCUGUCAAAGCUGAGGCUGAAGCGGAAGCCGAGACUGCAGCAGUUGAUGCUGAGGCUGUUCAGGAGGCUGAGACUGAAGCUGACGCUGCGGCUGAGGUCGAGAAGGAGGCCGAGACUGAAGCUGACGCUGAGGCUGAGGUCGAGAAGGAGGCCGAGACUGAAGCUGACGCUGAGGCUGAGGUCGAGAAGGAGGCCGAGACUGAAGCUGACGCUGAGGCUGAGGUCGAGAAGGAGGCCGAGACUGAAGCUGACGCUGAGGCUGAGGUCGAGAAGGAGGCCGAGACUGAAGCUGACGCUGAGGCUGAGGUCGAGAAGGAGGCCGAGACUGAAGCUGACGCUGAGGCUGAGGCCGAGAAGGAGGCCGAGACUGAAGCUGACGCUGCGGCUGAGGUCGAGAAGGAGGCCGAGACUGAAGCUGACGCUGAGGCUGAGGUCGAGAAGGAGGCCGAGACUGAAGCUGACGCUGAGGCUGAGGUCGAGAAGGAGGCCGAGACUGAAGCUGACGCUGAGGCUGAGGUCGAGAAGGAGGCCGAGACUGAAGCUGACGCUGAGGCUGAGGUCGAGAAGGAGGCCGAGACUGAAGCUGACGCUGAGGCUGAGGUCGAGAAGGAGGCCGAGACUGAAGCUGACGCUGAGGCUGAGGUUGAAAAGGAGGCCAAGACUGAAGCUGACGCUGAGGCUGAGGUUGAAAAGGAGGCCAAGACUGAAGCUGAUGCUGAGGCUGAGAAUGAGGCCGAGACUGAAGCUGAUGCUGAGGUCGAGAAUGAGGCCGAGACUGAAGCUGAUGCUGAGGCUGAGAAUGAGGCCGAGACUGAAGCUGAUGCUGAGGCUGAGAAUGAGGCCGAGACUGAAGCUGAUGCUGAGGUCGAGAAUGAGGCCGAGACUGAAGCUGAUGCUGAGGCUGAGAAUGAGGCCGAGACUGAAGCUGAUGCUGAGGUCGAGAACGAGGCUGAGACUGAAGCUGAUGCUAUAGCUGAGGCUCAAGUGGAGUUUAAUGCUGAAGCUGAGGCUCACGCUUUAAAAAGCAACACAGGAGAUGUUGAAACCGAAAACGGCACAUCUGCUGAAGAAAGCAGCAGCAGAAAAAAGGAGAAGAAGAAGAAACGAGCCAAAGAGGGACAUGAGGCAGAAGAAAAAAGAAAGUCCAGGUCAACAAAGCAGUGGAUGAGGCUGAAAACGUGGUUCAGGAAAAAGCUGGGGCUGAAGCGUUAGAAAGCAAGCCAGGAGAUCCUCAACCAGUUUGUUUUGUAUUCUGUGAAACAACACACACACACACACACACACACACA